AUGGACCCUGUGAGUGGCCUCGAUCGCUUUCGCAGCAACAACAACAACAGGCAGGAAAAAUCAACCACCGCCUCGGACCCAGCGCAGGUCACUGAUGCCGUUAACGUUAACGGCGGCAACAACUCGGAAGCUGCAAUUCCUCGUCUGCCUGUGGCGCCGUGCAUGGUCCGUGAACAGGACCAGUACAUGCCUAUUGCUAAUGUGAUACGCAUAAUGCGGAGGAUAUUGCCGCCCCAUGCAAAGAUCUCCGACGACGCAAAAGAGACGGUCCAGGAGUGCGUGUCGGAGUACAUCAGCUUUAUCACCGGAGAGGCCAACGAGCGGUGCCAGCGGGAGCAGCGCAAGACUGUGGCGGCUGAGGAUGUGCUGUGGGCAAUGGGCAAGCUAGGGUUCGACAACUACAUCGAGCCCCUCAGUCUUUUCCUGAGCAAGUAUAGGGAGGCUGAGGGCACUGAGCGCAGUUCAUCCCUGUUUGCAAAGUGUGAGAGGGGAGAUGGCGGGAUGGUUGAAUAUGCGCCGGUGCUCGGGCAUUAUGGGCCACCUGGGUUUGGUCUGGCGGCCCAGCAGCCCUGGAUGCAUAAGGCUGGCGCGAUGAUGAGUGGGUACUAUGGUGGGGCGGGUGGUAGUGGCAAUGAAGGUGGUGGAGCUGGAUCAUCUUCUGCGUCCCAGAGACAGGGACAGAGUGCUAUGGGUGGUGGGUUUGACCCUUUUGCUCAGUUUAAGUAA